AUGCCAGCGGGGGGCAGUCACUGGGGGGGCUUCUGGGAGCAGCGGGCCAGGCAGCUGCAGAGACAAGUGCAGUAUCAAGAAAGGAUUGGAGAGAAUCGCAGCGAGGCCGUGCGCUCUCACGCCCGCGACGGCCGGCAGCAGCAGCCGCAGAGAAGUUCCUGUUUGGCCCUAAACCAGCUCUGUCAGGGAAUGCAGAAACUUAAACAGGAUCUAAAGGAGUUUCAUUCUUCUUCUCUGGUACUUUUGAGAAGUUAUCAGACUCAGUAUGAGGCCUGCGUUUCUGCGAUAGUGGCUGCAGUCGGGAGAACGCAGCUCGACGCGGAGGCGCUACAGGCCUGGCAGUCACAGGCAGUCCAUCUCGAGCAGUCCUUGCAGGAGAUCAGAGCGCGCUACCAAGCGGAAAAGCAGAGAAGGAAACUCCUCCACAACAGUUUGGUGGAACUGAGGGGAAAUCUCCGGGUGCACUGUCGGAUCCGCCCUUUGUUGCCUCUGGAUAAUGAAUCUGGUGACACGGUUUUACAGAACAGCGCCGUCUCUGGAGAAGUGGUUCGUGCAGUUGAUGACGAAACAGUCCUGGUGAAAUGUGGUCGUCCUGGCCACCCUUUCAUUAAUAAGAUGUAUCAUUUUGACAGGGUUUAUGGUCCAGCAGAGUCUCAGAGAGCGGUAUUUGGAGAGGUGUGCCCCCUCCUCACGUCUCUCUUAGACGGGUACAACGUCUGCAUUGUGGCGUACGGACAGACGGGCAGCGGCAAGAGCUACACCAUGCUGGGGCCGCGUUUGAAGGGCGAAGAGUCCCAGCGUGACGUGGGAAUCGUCCCCAGAGCCGUCGAGGAGCUGUUCAGGCUUAUUUCGGAAAACCCACUGACAGGCCCAACGGUUGAGGUUUCCGUAGUGGAAGUUUAUAACAACGACAUUUUCGACCUUCUGGCCAAAGACAGUCUGGCGGUGGAGUCUGGGGCCAGGCGUGAGGCGACAGCAGCCAGGGACGGAAGGAAGGAGGCCGCCGCCCCGACCUGCGAGGCCGUCAGCAGUGCCUCGGAGCUCCUGCGGCUGGUGCGUGGGGGUCUGCGGCGCAGGGCGACACACCCCACGCUCGUGCAUGAGGAUUCGUCCCGGUCUCACCUGAUCGUAACGGUGACUGUGACCACAGCCCUCGGCUCCGACAGCUCUGUGCAGUUUCCUGCCACCUUUUCCCAUUUGUCCUCCUCCUGCCCAGACCCUCCGACGGUGGCAGGAAGGAGGAGGAGUGUGAGUGGCCCAGCCUGGCACCCGAGGCUCCCCGACCACGCAGGACGCACGGAGAAGGUGUCCGCCAAGCUGCAGCUCGUGGACCUGGCCGGCAGUGAGUGCGCAGGUGUGUCCGGGGCGACCGGGCCGGCCCUGAGGGAGACCUCCUGGAUCAACCGCAGCCUGGCAGCCCUCGCAGACGUCCUGGGUGCCUUGUCGGAGCACCGCAGCCACGUGCCCUACCGAAACAGCAAGCUCACCCACCUCCUCCAGGACUCCAUCGGAGGUGACGCAAAGUUCCUGGUGAUCCUGUGCAUUUCUCCCAGCCAGAAGCACGUGGCGCAGACAAUUCAGGGCCUGGGGUUCGGGACCCGCGCGCGGCAGGUCCAGCGCGGCCAAGCCAGAAGGCGGCCCGGCUCCCGCACGGGGGAGGUGUGCACGGGUCAGACGGGCUAAUGAGCCUCCCUCCCGUAAAACCUGUGUUUACUCAUUGCUUUGUGAUGCCUGCGCCCUUAGCAAUAAACGGG